AUGCCGUGCGCCAUCGACCAUUCUCCGCAAACCGCGCUCAGACCGUCGACAGACACUCCGACUGACGCCCUUCUCGCCGGCGACCGCUUGCUGCCGUUCGCGACGGCGCCGCUGGAGGCGGAAUACGCGGUGGCGCAGGAGGAGAUGGGGCGCGGGGAGUUCGGCGUGGUGCGCGCGUGCAUGGCGCGCCGCAGCGGGCAGCUGCUGGCGUGCAAGUCGGUGGAGAAGGCGCGCCUGUGCGGGGAGCGGCGCGGCGAUCUCGAGAUGGAGCUGCUGUGCAUGGCGGUGCUGCCGCCGCACCCGCACGUGGUGCGCCUCGCGAGCGUGCAUGAGGACGCGCGCCGCGUGCACCUCGUCAUGGACCUCUGCGACAGCGGCGACCUCUUCGACCUCGUCGCGCGCGCCGGCCGCCUGCCCGAGCGCUGCGCGGCGGCGGUGCUGGCGCAGGCGGCGAGCGCGGUGGCGUGGUGCCACGCGCACGGCGUGCUGCAUCUGGACGUGAAGCCCGAGAACCUCCUCCUCGCCGGUCUCUCCGCCGCGCCCCUGCUCGCGGACGCGCAGAGCGCGGAGGCGGUGCUGGCGCACGUGAGCGUGAAGCUGGCGGACUUCGGGCAGGCGGUGGCUGUGGGCGCGAGGGGCAGGGCGCGCGGGCUGGCGGGAUCAUCCCUGUACAUGGCGCCGGAGGUGGUGUGUGGGCGCGAGUAUGACAGUGCGGCGGACAUGUGGAGUGUGGGCGUGGUGUUGUAUGUGAUGCUGGCAGGGUACGUGCCCUUCUACGGCCCCGACCUGCCCCACGUGUUCCGCGCCAUCUGCCGCGGCCACCCCGACCUCACGGGCGAGGCGUGGGAGGGCGUGUCAGACGAGGCGAAGCAGCUCGUGCGGUCGCUGCUGUCUGUGGACCCCGCUGCUCGCCCCUCUGCCUGCGACCUGCUCUCCCACCCCUGGCUUACUGCCCACGUGCCUGCAGCCGCGGCAGCAGCCAAGGCGGCGAGGGAUGCGGCGAGUGCGGCUGUGGGGGACGUGCUGGCGCCCCUGGCGUGUGUUGCCCCCUCCGGUGCUUCCACCACCUCUCAAUUCACUGACCGUAGUGGGAGGCUGCAUGGCGCCGCACCUGAUGGACAGUGCAGGGAGCAGUGGUGCAGCAAGGAGGCCGAGGAGACGAUUGUAUCGAUCUAG